GGGCAGGGAGGGGCCGAGCGAGUGUGAAUCGGAACGCAAGGCAUAUGCUCGGAUGCCGUCUGGUCGGGGAAUUUCGCUGCGAAUGUCGUGCUGUGAUUGAGUGACGCAGCGAUUGACGCUAGAGCUUCGAAAUUUCGUGUCAAGAUGACAACCGUGACUUUCGCUAAAAGUUUAGUUGCAGGAGGAGCCUUGCGUUUGAGACCAGUGACAGUUGUGGAGAAUGAACGAGGGGCAGUUUCACAUGGUGCUUUGUUCAGAGAUCAAGUGAGGUUUGAAGUUUCAUGCUCUGCAAGGUUGCCAUUCUCCACAACUGCCGAAACCACUAGACUCUCGUUGCCGCCUCGAAUGAGCUGUCUACCUCCUUGGAGAAACUUGGGAGUGGAAGGAGCUACUUCUGCCGUUCUUUCCAGCAGACUGCCUAGAAAUAGAGGUUCGGUUAUGGGAACGGCUGCAGUUGAAGAUGUUGCUGCGUCUUACUUGAAUGCAUCGCUGAGUGACAAUGCCGAUAUGGAGGCCAAUUUUGUGGAGGUGGGAAACAAACUAGCUGAUGCUGCCGGAGAAAUAAUUCGUCGCUAUUUCCGAACUGGAUUCGAUAUCAUUACAAAAGAUGACUUAAGUCCCGUUACAAUUGCCGACAGGGCAGCGGAGGAAGCUAUGACUUCCAUCAUCAAAGACUGCUUUCCCAGUCAUGCAAUAUAUGGCGAAGAAAACGGGCUUCAUAUGCCGGAGGAAGGUGCAGAUUAUGUGUGGGUUCUUGACCCAAUCGAUGGGACUAAGAGCUUCGUUACAGGGAAGCCAUUAUUUGGAACGCUUAUUGCACUGGUUCAUAAAGGAGUUCCGAUUCUGGGGAUAAUCGACCAGCCAGUUCUUCGAGAAAGGUGGAUAGGAAAAGCUGGAGAGCGAUCAACUUUGAACGGCGUGCCCAUAGCCUCGCGCGCUAGUUGCACCUCCCUAAAGAACGCUUUCUUAUAUACAACAAGUCCUCAUUUAUUUGCUGGAGCGAAGGAGGAAGCAUUUAUCCGGAUUCGAGAUAAGGUGAAGACACCAUUGUAUGGAUGUGACUGCUAUGCGUACGGGCUUCUCGCUGCCGGCCAUGUAGACCUCGUGGUGGAAUCCGGACUGAAACCGUAUGACUUCUUGGCUUUAGUUCCAGUAAUUGAAGGUGCCGGAGGCACCAUCACUGAUUGGUCUGGCGAUAAAUUAAGAUUCUGGCCCAACUCUGACCAUCCGUCUUGUGAUGAGACGGGAAUGGAAGUGGUGGCAGCUGGCAGCGACGAUCUUCACAAGGCUGCCCUAGAUGCUCUAGAGUGGAACAGCUCGUAAUUAAUAUGUAUUAGAACGUACAGCGGGAUCUGUCGACUUAUCUGGAUCUGAAAACUGAUCAAUUAAGAUUGAUUGACGAGGAAUCUAAACAUGACCUUAUUGUAAAGUAUGCAGCUGCGCACCUCAACAAGGAGGAAAGGUCUGUAUUAGUCAAUUCCCUCUUGACAUCUUCCAGAGCGUUCCUGUCCGCGAAAAUCCAUGAUCGAGAUGACUAACUCAUGAAGUGCAAAGACCCAUUAAGGCCUCAUACAAACUCUGAUCAUUUCGGGCCACGAUUAACUUCUUGUCAGACUACUUCUGACCGUGUACAGUCCAAGCCCGGAAGCGUCCGUGACCUCAUUCUUUUAGAUCUCUGUCGAGGGAAGCUCAAGGUUCAUUCGAACUGUGUAAACACACAGAUUGUAUAUGAGAAUAUCUGGCUGCACGGAGUACAAGUGCAGUAGAUUUUUUACGAUUUGGGUUCCA